AUGGAUGACAUAUACAUAUAUCACAACAAAAGAUUCGAAACACAUAGUUUAUCAUCAUCAUCAUCAUCACUACCAUCGUUAUCAUUGUCAUUAUCACUACUAUCGUUAUCAUGGUCAUCAACGUCAUGGGUAAAGUGUGGGAAGAAGGAGGGCAAAUUAGAGGGAAAAUUAGGAAUAUCUUAUUUGUGCUUUCAUAUGAUUGUUGGCACAAAAUAUUUAAUUAUUGUUUAUAUGUAUAUGGAAAGCAUCAGUGAAGGCAACGAGAGAGGCAGGAAAAGAAAGAGAAAGAAGGAUAAAGGAGAACUGAAAUUAGUGACCAGGAAAAGUGAUGAUGGCGAUGUUGAUGAUGAUGGUAAUGAUGAUAUAUGUAAAUGA